UUGGUAACUGACUUUGUAUACCCCGUGCAUAAACGGAUUAAAAUCAUAAGUUUGUAUUGAGGUUUAGUGAAAUUAUAGACUUUAUUAGAACAUAUUAGCUGAUAAACGUUUAAAGCUUUUAUUGGUUUUUAUUAGAUAAAGACUGUUGUUAAGGAAAACUCGACUAACUGCAUUUGGUUGAACAGUUUUUCUUUGCCAGACGGAGCGCCUAAAUUUGCAACUUCAAGCUCAAGGUAAAAGAUGGCUGAUGAUUUUGAUAUUGAAGCUCUCUUGGAAGCUCCAUAUAAAAGGAAGACCUCUCUUAGACCUGAACCACUUCAUUGUACAGGUUGGAUCAGUGUGAGAUUGUAACAUCUUUGGAAAGUGUGUUUCAACCUGCCUAUGUUAAAGUGAUUUAAUUGAAUAUUUCUCUAAAGAUACAUUAAGGUACCAACUCCUUCAAUCCAGCCAUUACCACGUGCUUGAGAUGGAUUCAUGUACAUGUACUUAGAACAGUCUCACAACAGGGUGGCUGGAAAAUGAUGACUGCAGCCCUUGUCCCAUACUCCAAUGAAGCCAAAAGCCUCAAGGGAACAAGUCAAUGGAAAAGGUGAUGUGACUUCUAGUGGAGGCAAGGAGAGUAGAAGAGGAAGCAGUAGUAGCAGCAAGAGAAAGAAGAGAAGUCGAAGCCGUGGUCGAAAUAAAAAGAGUCGGAGUAGAAGUCGGAGUCGUAGAAGUAGAAGCAGAGGAAGGAGAAGCCGAUCUCGUGAUCGUGAGCGUAGGAGACAUAGUAAGAGCAGAGGCAGGGAACAUAAAAGGAAAAGCAGAAGCCGUAGUCCUGAACGAAAACAUAAAAGUAAAGAGCGAAAGAAAUCCAGUUCACCACGAAAUGAAGUGAGAGAGAGGCCUCCUCCACAAAGAAGUCCUUUAAGAGAGCCAAAUGAAGAACUCAGUCCAGAAGAGAGAGAUCAAAGAACUGUGUUUUGCAUGCAACUUUCUCAGAGAAUUAGAGCUCGAGACUUAGAAGAGUUCUUUUCUGCAGUAGGAAAGGUACGGGAUGUAAAACUCAUCAUGGACAACAAAACAAGAAGGUCCAAGGGAAUUGCUUAUGUAGAAUUUCAGUUAGUUGAAUCUGUUUCAUUGGCUUUAGGACUCAAUGGGCAGAAACUUCUAGGUGUACCUAUAAUUGUUCAACCUACUCAAGCUGAAAAAAAUAGAGCAGCAGCUAGUGCAAAUAACCUUCAGAAGGGAAAUACUGGCCCAAUGAGACUCUAUGUGGGCUCCUUACAUUUCAAUAUUACUGAAGAUAUGCUUAAAGGAAUUUUUGAACCUUUUGGCAAGAUUGACAAAAUUGAACUCGUAAGAGACACAGAAACUGCAAGGUCAAAAGGUUAUGGAUUUAUUACAUUCCGUGAUUCAGAAGAUGCCAAAAAAGCACUAGAACAGUUAAAUGGCUUUGAAUUGGCUGGUAGACCAAUGAAGGUGGGUCAUGUAACAGAACGAUUGGACACUUCCCAGGGAUCAUCAUUUUUGGACAGUGAAGAAUUGGAUCGGACUGGUAUAGAUUUGGGAGCCACUGGGAGACUUCAGUUAAUGGCAAAAUUAGCUGAAGGGACUGGAUUUCAAAUUCCAGAAGCAGCAAUGUCAGCAUUACAAUUACACACUGCUAAUGCUGCUAACAGCCAAUCUGCUCCACCUAUAGCAACCCAAUGUUUCAUGCUUUCAAAUAUGUUUGACCCUGGAACAGAAUCUAAUCCAUCAUGGGACAUAGAAGUUCGUAAUGAUGUCAUAGAUGAAUGUAGAAAACAUGGUGGUGUGUCUCAUGUAUAUGUGGAUAAAGCAUCACCUCAGGGAAAUGUCUAUGUAAAAUGUCCUACUGUUGCUGCUGCUGUAGCAUCUGUUAGUGCCCUUCAUGGACGGUGGUUUGCAGGACGAUUUAUCACUGCUGCCUAUGUCCCUGUAGUGAACUAUCAUGGUUUGUUCCCUGAUGCAGCAAACAUACAAGCAUCAUUAUGAGAAGUGUCAGAAGUAAUUGUUAACUGAAUGUGACUCUUGUCUUUUCAUUUUUGUAUAAAACCACACAAAAACCAGGUUAGGUAUCACUUUCAACUUUGUCCAGUUAAAUAUUAUAAACAAAGUUACAUAAACUCACUGGUUUACUGUGCAAGAGUAAUAGUGAAGGAGUUUUUGAGUGGUAUAUUUUAUGUUAAAUCAGCUUGUAAAUAUCAAAGUAUAUGACAUUUCUUUAAAAUCUGUAAAUAAAACCAUUUUCCAGGAUUAUUUCUGUAUUCAUUUUACUUGUAAUAUGAUAAGUUUACACAGAGUUAUUUGUAUGAGAUCCUUAUCCAGAAAUAAUAGCCAGACAUAUUUGUUCUCA